UUAAGAAGCUGCUACAGCUAUACUGUAAGAUUAAGAGUUUAUUCUUUCAAAGCAGGUCUUCUCAUCUCUUAAACGCUAUAUAUAUUAAGUAGAUAAAAACUGCAACUUCUAUUUUGGUAGCAUUUAGGAUCUACAAAAAUGAUCUUUCAAUUACUUGGAAUUUCAAAAUAGAGGUUACCUAUUAACAAUGCAUCAGUAGAACACAAAAUACUCUGAUUUUGUUUAGUCUGUGGGAAAAAAAAAUCUUUAAACUGGAAAGAUUCUGUAGCCUUACGAAGAUUAUUACACUGGAAUUGGAAUUACUGUAGUUCGUUUUUCCCUCUAGGAGGGCAGCCAUUUCUCUACAAGUUUUGUAAAAGUUAAGACUCGGAUUUCAAAAUGCAAGCAGAUGUUGAUGAAGCAUACGAAAUGGGCAACUCCAUUUCUAUUUCGGAGCCGCAGUGACUCCGACUUUGUGCCCCAAGCCUGUAAAGCACAAAACCUCAUCCCUUUGGUGUAAACCUUCAAGAGAAGUGGGGCAGCACACUUCAGGGUUUUCACCAACAGGCUGGCGACAUGCUAGGUCAGGGUGUCCGGAGAAUCGGGGCUGAAUGGGAGAGAUCUUGAGGGCAAGAGCCUCAGAGACCUUCAGGCACCGGGCUCGUGAAGGUUUCCACGUGCCCCUAUCUAGCUGGUCCCAGGGGGAAUUAGUGGUUGCUACAGUAGUUUAAGACGGCCGUGGUUUUUCGCACCCCAGGCGGCGAGAUGGCGCUUUGGUGUAAGCGAGGCUAGAAGAACUACAAUCCCCAGCAGGCACCGCGCGUCCAGGCUCUCUCUCCUCCCCCCAUCUUAGUGUCCUGAGCGGCUUGACUACAGCUGCUGCAACUGCAGCAAGAGGUAGGGCUGAGACGUUGGGAAUUGCACCGACAGGCAGUCGCACAGAAAGACACACAGGUGUAGUGGUGUGCAUAGCCCUUGACAGCGAAUAGGUCAGUUCCACUUUUGCAAAACCUCUUUCCAUGACUAUCUCCCCUCUUCCAAGAAAUCCAUCCUUAUCCCAGUUGGGUUUCCCGCUCAGCUGCAUGUAGCGCAAAGACCUCUUUCCCCUUUCCCCUGUUUCCCUUUCUGAGAGGAAGGAGGGAGGCAGGCCAUGACCUUAGAGGAAAAGGCCUCAGCACUAGGCUUGGCCCAGGUCCCAGCUGUGCUUCUGGCCUUUGGAGCCCAGCUUGGGGAGAAGGUUGGGGGUGCAGGGCUGCAUCAAGAUUGAGGCCCCGGAGACAGUGGGAAAGGACUCCUGAGCUUGCUCCAUGUUCUUCCGUGGCAGCAGCAGCCCCACUGCACUCCCAGCCUCCCCAGGCAGUCCUCCUUUUCCCCUUUGGUGGUUGGGGAAACAAAGCUUACACCUGGCUUCCUGGCUGCCAGCCUGGGCCUCGAUGACUUCCAGGAGGACAGUACAGGACAUGAGCCCUGGUGAGAGACCCGAGGAGCAGGACAGGGAAGACGGCCCCUGAAUCCCAUUUGGCCCCUUGCUGGCUGGAGGUGUGAAAACCAGUGGUGGAGGCAGCCUUCGGGGCUUGCAUUUGAGAAUAAGGGUGUCACUAGUUCCAGGUGUCUGCUGAAAGAUUUGGAACGGAAGAUGAUGGCCACUCCGAACCAGACCGCCUGUAAUGCAGAGUCACCAGUAGCCCUGGAGGAGGCCAAGACCUCUGGUGCCCCGGGGAGCCCCCAAACACCCCCUGGGCCUCAUGACUCUGGUGGUUCCCUGCCCCUGACACCCCGGAUGGAGAGCCACUCAGAGGAUGAAGAUCUUGCUGGGGCUGUCGGUGGCCUGGGCUGGUACAGUAGGAGUCCCCGGACCCAGAACCCAGGGGGCUGCUCAGCGGAGGCUGUGCUGGCCCGGAAGAAACACCGUCGGCGGCCGUCGAAGCGCAAACGGCACUGGCGACCCUACCUGGAGCUGAGCUGGGCUGAGAAACAACAGCGGGAUGAGAGGCAGAGCCGGAGGGCCUCCCGGGUCCGCGAGGAGAUGUUCGCCAAAGGCCAGCCCGUGGCCCCCUACAACACCACCCAGUUCCUGAUGAAUGACCGAGACCCGGAGGAGCCCAACUUGGAUGUGCCCCAUGGGAUCUCCCACCCAGGUUCCAGUGGGGAGAGUGAGGCCGGGGACAGUGAUGGGCGGGGCCGAGCGCACGGUGAGUUCCAGCGGAAGGACUUCUCUGAGACUUAUGAGCGCUUCCACACCGAGAGCCUGCAGGGCCGCAGCAAGCAGGAGCUGGUGCGAGACUACCUGGAGCUGGAGAAGCGGCUGUCGCAGGCAGAGGAGGAGACUAGGAGGCUGCAGCAGCUGCAGGCGUGUACUGGCCAGCAGUCCUGCCGCCAGGUGGAGGAGCUGGCUGCCGAGGUCGAGAGGCUCCGGACUGAGAACCAGCGGCUUCGGCAGGAGAACCAGAUGUGGAACCGAGAGGGCUGCUCCUGUGAUGAGGAGCCGGGUACCUAGGGGUGCCUCCCAGCCUGGUGGACCCAAGGAGAAGGUCCCAUUUUGUGCACACUCAGGCCAGCUGGGUCUCAAGGAGGCAGGUGGCAGAUGAAAACCACCGUCAACACCCUUUGCCCCCUGAGAACAGCUAAAUUGGUUCAGACUCCCACCUCACCGUUUCCACAGUUGGCUCUUUCGUGUCAUCUUACUCUUUACAGAGAAAUUAAAUGGUCUUAGUGGGACCAAAUGGGA